AUGUCGCGCCCGCUGUCCAGCCACAGCUCCCAGGCGCAAACGAACGCAUUUUCCGCCGCGAAAGCGCUGUCCCUGAAAGGCUGCUCGCAUCAGCUGUCCAGCACCGCCCUCUUCGUGACGAACCUGCGCCUGCUCGACUUUGAUUCCUACGACGACUGGCCCGAGAUAACUGUCCACACCUUCGCGACCAAAGAUGCGCAGCAAAAUCAGAAGAAGCGUAUCCAAUGCACCGAGUGGGCUUUGUUCCGCCUGUUCGAGCUGUGGGAUAGAGACGAGACGCGCGAGAAACUGUCGCCCUUCUUCCCUCCUCUCGAGCCUCUCCAAUCGCUGAACCUGCGCGCCGCACUCUAUCGCUGCCUCAAUGACCUCAAGAAAGAUGGCGUGUUGGGUCGGGAGACGAUCCUUCGCAAGACCAUGUUGGAUGAGUGCAAAGGGGAUAAACUCAUGGAGAUACUCGUUCUGUUUUCCACUGCUGUGUUGAAGAAGAGAUUAUCAAGGGCCAAGUCUAGGCGCACUAACCUCCCGGUCGCGCGCCAGUAUGCGACAGCUGCAAGCCUAACCCUCGACCAGCAGGCCUCUCUACUGCCACUCGUCGUCGCCCACAAAGCCGCACUCACAAAUGUUUUGAGGGGGAGAGACGAUAUGCGCGAGAGAUACAUGGAUUUUGGAGAUUUGUUGGAGCAAAAAAGCAUUGAAGCCGUAGAGCGAAAUGAAAAGUGUGGAGAGGUGCUUGAAACCCUCGAAGAGUCUGGGAAGGACUUGCCGGAUGCCGCCUCCAUAAAGCGCAUACUACAUGAUAAUUGGCUGGGAAACCCUGAGUGGCUCGAACUAAUGAUGCAAGGAGAACAGGCCGAGGCGGCCGACGGCCUUUUCCAGACACCGUUUGAGGAUAUUUGGAAUCGAGUACAGCUUGGUCAGGAAGUCGAGGAAGAGAGCCACCACCACCAAAGUCUUUUACAAGACUUAGAGGUACGGGUCAAAGGCCAAGAGGAGAGGCUGUCCCGGUGGAAGGCUCUUCAUGACAAGAUCCAAGCAAUGCAGCCCGAAGAGCCUGCACCAAAAGUCUCUAGAACUAGGAACACAUCUCUGGACUUCAACUUUGAUCGUCAUCGGGAUCUACGACUAGGUAGGGUCGCGACUCAUGAGUUUGAAGAUGACGAGCACACCGCAAGAUCGUCAGACUUGCCAAGAAGAUACAGCUCCAUUCUAGCCAACAUGCGCGAAGACCUGGCGGCGGCAUCCAAGGUCAAGUCGAACAGACCUCCACCAAGCUUUGUGCACAAACCUAGGGCAUCCAGCAUUCCAAUGCAACCACCAGUUCAGAGACGGUCUUUCGCACUAAGACCCCGAGCGAGGCUGGGACCUGUCGAACCACCCUCACCCGAGUCCACCGAACCUUCGAAGCCGUCAUUCAAUAGACCAAUUUCCCCGGACUGGUUUUCUCCGCUUGGAAAGCCGCAGGCAGAAUACGAGCAGGACGAACCUGACAGGAGCCCCUCGCCCACGCCAACACGACCUACCUUUGACCAUGACAGUAUCUUUGGGAAAUACUCCUCAAGCCGUUAUGAGGAUAACCCAGUAGCACCGGACUCGCCACCGCCACCAUCUGAAGACCCUAUCGAUGAUGGAUAUGUCGAGGAGCCAGUCUCGCCGAAACCCCGUUCCCCAUCCCCACUCGCGUCCUCAUCUCCGCCACCAAACGAAGAGGACCUCCUCGCCGAGCAAAUACUUGCCGGUAUGGACGCCGCCAGCCCCUCUCCCGUCAAGCAGCAGCCGUCCUACCAGCCCCAACCUGUUCUCUCCCUCAUGGAGCGCACCCGCCUCACCAUGGAAGGCCACACGUCCUCACCGGCCAAAGCCGCCCCCGCGCCGCGCCCCCUCGCACCCGAAGAGCAGGCCAAAGCCGACGCGACGGCCGCCCUCAUCGAGCGCACGCGCCAGACCAUGCUCGCCAUGGCGGAGCGCAACCCUGCGCCGACCAGCAACCCGUCCAAGACCGGCCGCGCGAGAGCGAACAGCACGAAAAAGAAGAGCAGCGUCGACAACGGCAGGGGCCGUCGGCGCUCCAGCCUCUUCCCGCCCAACCCGUGGGAGACGCGCAAGAUCAGCCCGCUGUUCGAGGAGUGGGCCGAGAAGUCGGCGGCGAUGGAGAGGGAGGAGGCGGGUCUAGGGAUUUCCACUGCGGGUGGCAGGGCGACGCCAAAGGACAAGCUGUUCGAGGACAACGUCGACGAGCAGAGCGUGUUUAAGAGCCGGCCGAAGAUUGCGGCGAGUCCGUUGUUGAUACCCGCGGAAGAUGAUGUUGGUGGUGGCGCGGAUGCGGUGAGUGAGUUGGGUGGUGGGAGUGAGUAUGAUGGGAUGGAGGGAGAAGAAGAAGAAGAAGAAGAAGGGGAUGAGACGAUGGGUGCGUGGGAGAGUAGCCCGUUGAGGGGUAAGGGGAGGUAA